CAUUACCAAGAAGAAUUUUUCCCACAACCAGAGGGGCCAUUGGAGCUGGAAUUACCCAUGGCGGCCUUCACGGGCCAUUCUGCAGAGCCAUGCUACACUCCAUAGUCAGAUCCACACUAUGAAUUGAGACUUCUCAUGGAGCAGUUUGCUCGAGACUGUGAUAGAACAUGCUCCAGGAUGGAUCAUUGUGUCCAGGCCUAUCGUGAAACAGAGGAGAUCCUCCUGAGCCUUAAGAAGAGCGUCGAUGAUCUUGAGCGAUCUUGGGCACAACCUGCUCCAGAUCACCCUUCUGCUACCAUACUAGAAGAGGAGGAGGAAGAAGAAGGCUACAAGGACAUUGUGGAACACACUGAAGUUGUCACGGAGAGCUCCCGUGAUGAUCAUGAUCAGGAAUGUCCUGUCGAAGCCGACCACCCCUUCCCACAUCCCAAACUGAGAUUUGAAGAGGUGGGCAUGAGUGAGGAGAUGCAAGCAGAUCUUAUGAAAGAAAUUGCUUGGCAACUUGCUCUCCAAUCCGUGAUAGAAGAAGAAGAGCAAGAAAGGGUGCAGAAAGAAGUUGUGGAGGAUGAAGAAAGUGAAGCAGAAGGAGUUCUUGAUUAUUUCCCAGGGGUGAUACCACAUGAAGAAGAAAGGGAGGUUGAAGAAGCAAUUGGCGUCCAGGCUGAGGAUGGAGUUAAGGUGGAUGAGGCCUGCACCGGCCAUGAGUUACAUGUGAUAUCUCCACCAGACUUCGAGGAGCUGCUUCGCAAGGACCCAUUUGCAGUGUCUCUUUGCCAGACCAAGGCCACAUCGACAUCGGUCCCUCUUGGUGGACGCGAUGGUGGUAAAUCGAUGCUGUCAUAUCUAGUUUGAGGAAAUGAGACGAGAGGAGAGAAGAAGAGGUCUCGGGGGUGGAGACUUCAUAUGUAUCAAGCGCACGAGCUUCCAUCAGCUGUCAUACCACAUGCUCGUGACUUGAGACUCCACCUCAUUGACGAGAACCUCAACUUCAAGGAGGUUUUGGGGUGGACCAAAACUUAGGAGCCAUCGUCUGGCUCACGACGUGAAAGAAGCGCUUGUGGGGAGGCAACCCCACCACAGUUUGACUUUCUUUCUUAUGUUUUGUGUCGGAUUGUAAACCGGUUUGGUUUUGGUCUGUUUUCUUUUGUUUUGGAUGAUUUACUAUUGGGCUGACCAUUGGACCUAACAUAUUGUGUUUGAGCUCUUUGGUUUCCUUUAGCUGUGCUUGUCUUGACUGGUCCUUUCUCCAGUCCGCUUCACUCCGACUGGUCCGCUUUCAGUCCCCUGCAGUCCGUGCGUACCGGUAACAUCGUUCCCCUUUCCCUUCCCUCUUCUCCAUUGAGGGCAAUGUCGAUCUUAAGUGUGGGGGGAUGUUUAUCUUUUCACUGCACUAGAUCUGUUUGUGUGCUUGGAGCCUAGUCCAUUGUCCAAAUUUUUGAAUUUGAGGGCUCCAAGUACGUGUUCCUUGCAAUUGCCUGCUCAGUAUGCUUUGAAUUGACAGUCUUUAUAGUAAUAUGCAACCUAGGGAGGUAGUGUAGCACUAUGGAGGAUGUUGAUGCAUUUAUGAAGUCUCAUUGCUUCUUCAUAUUGUGUUGGUUGAUUGAGUGAAUUAGUGAUCUUAGGACCCUUAAAUUGUGUGGUGUUGUGGAUUCUCUACAUGUCAUGGACUCUUGUAUAAUGUUUUGAGUUUAACAGGUGCUCGAAAAUGUGCUUUAAAAUAAUGUCUCCCGUGCGAAUAGGGUGAAAGUGUGUAAGGGGAGACGGGAAUUCGUUCCCAAUUUCCACCUACUACCUCCAGCCCCCUUGCAUGUAUUUCCCCCGCACGAGGCUCGAGACAUCCGCUCCUGGCAUGGCCGGUAAGAGCCGGGCUCCCGCAAAACCUCUGCUAGGUGGGAGCCCCCAUUUUCUGAAAAAGCAGGUUGGGACCCUUGAAAAAAAAAGGAAAAAAUAACAGAACACAAGCAAAACAGAAAGAAAAGGGGUUCCAACCAUCUUCAAGAAGAAAAUAGAGCACCGUGAAAAAUGUGAGUCCAUGAUCCUUUGUUUUUGAGAAUUUCUUUAUGCACGAUUCAUUUGUCCUCUGUUCACUAUUUGCCAUGAUGCCGACUCGAGACUAGCGUUCUGGCCGAAGAAGCUAUGAGAUGACUUGUGCGUCGGUUGACCUCGUAAGCUGCUAAAUGAUCUAGGAAAUCCUCUACCUAUGAUCUGGGUUGUUUGUUGCUAUAGAGGUCUGGAGAGUUGCAUUGGUUUGAGUUAGGUUUGCUUGGGGACAAGCAAACGGUUAAGUGUGGGGGAGUUUGAUAUACCGAUAAUUACACAUGUUUUCACCCCUAUUCUUGAGCCGUUUGAGAGGUUGACUCUCGGGUUUUAAGCGGAUUUCACGCGAGGUUGUGUGUUUAUGUCGUGUUUCAGGACCCGGCAUGGGAAUCGAGGCGAAGGAACGAGAUUCGGGUCGAAAGGAGCGAGUUAGGCUUGAAGUGUGGUGGAGGAAGAAAAUACCCGGCCAUGACCAAAAAUACCCGGCCGGGUAUUAUUAUAAGGAGACCAGGGGUUUUCCCUUUUGGCGUCCGAGAAACAGAGAGGGUCCCGGUCUGGAAGGCAGAAAUCCCCGACCGGGGAUUAUUGGAGGAGACCGGGUAUUUUUCCCCUGGCCAAAACGCGCGUUUCAACUAUACCCUGUCGAGAACCAAAAUACCCGACCGGGUAUUUCGACCGGGUAUCGCGACAGGCAGCAGUUUUAAGGGAAAAGAAGGCUGAAAAUCAAGGGAUUCGAGUUUU